AUGUUUCUAGCUCUGGAAGAGCAGUGUGGCUUCACGGUGUGCCACCAGAUCAGCAAGACGUGUGACUCAGACCCGCUCUGUCAGGACUUGCUGGUGAACGCUUCGGACCUUUUAGACGGAGGCUCGUCUUGCGUUUUUACCGACAUCAAGGAGCAGAUACAUCCCACUGCUCAGGAAUUUCUUGCAAACCUGACGCCUGAGCCAUCAUGUGACAGAGAUGGAUGUUUGAGAGCUUAUGCGGCAAUGGAAAGCUUUCUGGUUGAAAAUGGCAAGUGGGCAGUUGAUGAGGAGCACAAAUCCUUCUGUGUCAAGCAUGGUGGCGAUUGCGUGGUGAACAAGCCAAGGAGAUUAUUCUCGGCUGAUGCCCUUGUGAUAAACGACGCUGGAAAUUGUUGCCAAGGUUGGUCCAGUGAAGGAUCCAGGGGAAGGCAUGCCCACCACAGCCAGCAUGCCUUGCUUGUCUGGGUGUCUCAGAGGCGUGAGCUAGCAAAGCGAAAUGAGGAAGAUAUGUUCUUCCAGGAAUGCACGCCGCAGUUUGACAUUGAAGGUUGCCUCCGGACCCCCUUAUCUUCUACCCACGAAAUCAUCGACGUUGUGACGGGCCCAGAAUGCCAUGGAUGGCCAUGUUCCAGGCCAAGGCGCUUGGGCGCAGGCCUGAACCUGAAUACUUUGGUGUGGGUGGGCCCCAAAGGGCAAGAUGAAAUCCAAGCAUGCUUCGAUGAGAUUUUUGAGCGGUCUUGUCAGCUGACGGGCUGUGUGUUUCUGCAGUCGCCAUCUGCAGAGUCACAGCAAUGGUUUGCUGAUAAGAUGAAGCAACGGGGCAACUAUGCUGUGGAUGCCCAUGCAGCCCCAGCCAGAUUCAAAGGGGGCAAAUGUUUAGGGAAAGUUUUGACAUCUGGCCAGUUUCAAAGGUACUCCAAGUACAAGAAGCAGAAGCAUGCUCUGAUGGCUUUAGAUGGAACCUUCUUUUGUGAUGUGGAUCAUUGGCCCGACAGCCCCGGACCUACUCCAGGACCGUUACUGCCCACGCUGCUCAGGCAUGGGACGAUCCUCGAGUUGGAAAGCGGGCGGGUGGUGAUGGCCAGUGAACGCUGGCUCAGCUUAGGCUUCAAUGUGUUUGAAGAUUUGAUGUGUGCAGAAGUUGGGUUUGAACGCUACCUCUGGCCCCAGAGAAAGGUAGUGCUUGGCUUGCCAGAGAGGGCGCAGCACAGCCUUUCUGGCAACUCUCAGUCUUUGCCUGCCAUCAUGGCGUGGUUUCUUUUUGUGUUUUGCAACACAAUCCGCAGGGACCCAGGGAAGCUUUUGCGAGAACCGGCACUUGAGGCUGAAGAUGUGAGCGACGCAGAUUCCAACGUGACGCUCAAAUACAGGCCUGCUCACUGA